UUUAUAUCUCCCAACGCAAUGGCAGAUACAGAAAACCAAUCAUCAGCAGCUUCGGCUACGUCGGCUUCUGGAACGCCACAAACAUCUUCAUCAUCCAAAAAGGAAAAGAAGGCAAAAAAUCCACGGGCAAAACCUUCCCAUCCUCCAACAUCUGAAAUGGUGAACAAUGCUAUCAAAUGUCUCAAAGAAAGAGGUGGUUCUUCUCUUCAAGCUAUCAAGAAAUAUAUCGCUGCAAAUUACAAAGUAGAUGCGGAAAAAGUUGCUCCGUUCAUCAAAAAAUACUUAAAAGCUGCAGUUGCUACUUGAUUGUUGGUGCAGACAAAAGGAAAAGGAGCGUCAGAAUCUUUCAAGUUACCGUCGACCUCCUCGUCGUCUUCUGGAUCUGCCAAGCCUAGUUCAGGAGAAAAAAAGAAAGCUGGAGAAGCAGCUAAACCGAAG